GGUUACUACACAGCAGAAUAGGUGGGAUCGUCUGUGAUACACCAGGUGUUGUUAUUCAUCGGGUAGCAAAAGGAACCUGCGCAUGCUCGUGCACGCAGCAUGCGCGAGCGAGCGCUUGCGUAAUACCUCUGAAAAUCGGAACAGCAGAAAGUGACAGCCGAAACGGUUCUGUAUCAUUGCGCAGCUCGGUCACGUUCCGCUCACGUUGCUGCUGGAGGCUAUCUGGCAGUCAGCUGCAGCCCGGCCAAGGAGAAGGGAGAGACGGGAGGAGGGGACACGACGCUCCGCUAUUAUUGGCUACUGGACCCAAACACCAACCUGUGAUACCAACAUUUUGAUGUUGAUCCACGUGACGGAACAAAAACAGGACUAGAGCUAACAGCCACAGGUCACAUUCACAACCCAAGUAGGAGAAGUUAUGGCAGACAUCAGCAAAACAGAGAAAGUUCAGCUGCACGUCCCGGACCUCGAAGAGCUGCGAGGAGUGUUGCAGGCUGGGCUGGACACCAAUUUUGCAGAAGUUCAAGUGAGUGUUGUGGAGUGUCCAGAUCUCAGCAAGGAGCCCUUCCAAUUUCCCGUCAAAGGUCUGUGUGGUAAUCCUCGUAUUACUGAUGUUGGAGGUGUACCAUAUCUGAUCCCUUUGCCUCAAAAACACAAGGAAUACAAUAUGAACAUAAUAUCCAAAGAGCUGGAGCUGCCGGGAGCUUUUAUCCUUGGAGCAGCAGCAGCCCCUUCCAGAAUUAUCGGCAUGAACGCUGAGCUCAUGCCUCUAGUUCUCACGGAGGCUGAGGGAAGACCAUCAGUCAAUGGGAGCUACUUUUCCUCUAUCAACCCAGCCAAUGGCCAGUGUCUGCAAGAAAAGUACUGUGACAAAUUCUCUGACUGCAACUUUGGACUUCUGGGGAAUCUGUAUGCCUGCGAGGGGAAGCCUGGAAAGGUCAUAGAGGUACGAGCCAAAAAGAGGACAGGAAGCAACAGUCUGGUAACGGCACUGAGGAAGACUCUGGAAGCUCAGUAUCCAGACAAGAGCCUGGCUCUGGGGGGCACCUUCAUCAUCCAGAAGGGCAAGGCUAAAAUUCACAUUAUGCCAAGAGAGUUCUCAGCCUGCCCUCUCAACACCAAUGAUGAGGUCAACAACUGGCUGAAGCACUUUGAGGUCAGCGCUCCCCUCAUCUGCCAGUCUGUGCUCGUAUCCAGAGACCCGGGCAUGGACCUGCGUGUGGAGCACACCCACGGCUUCAGCCGCCACGGAGAGGGUGGUCACUACUAUAUCGACACAACGCCCGAAAGUGUAGAGUACCUGGGGUAUUUCCUGCCCGCAGAGUUCGUCUAUCGCAUUGAUAGACCCAAAGAUACACACACUGUUGGGCGAGAUUGAAAAAAACGUAAUCAACAAUGUUUGCAAUGGAGCUUCUGUUGAUCAUCUAAAUCACACUGAUAGUAUGCAAUUUAUAUUUGAAUCCUAAUCAUUUCUCUUUACUUACAAUCAAGUCUGCUGUUGUUUCUUUUUAAAAAGUAGCUGAAGGAUAUAACAAAUGUAAAUAAAGUUGUUUGUGGUGUACUGAUAUUAUCUCUGAGGAAAAAGUCAUUUCAGGACUUUGACACUUCAAGUCUUUUAUGAUAAAUGAGAUGAUUGGAUUGUUCACCAUUUCAAAUGGCAUAUUUCAUCUGUGGCAAACCUCAGAUUUCCCAUUCAGAUUUACCAGCGUGAGCGGAGGGCACUUAUUUUAACCAUGUGACUGACAUAAAAAUAAAAGUCAGCCAGCCACACCAUAAAUGUGGUUUGGGUGCCAAAAUAAAAAAUAUUGUCUUAAUUAAUGAAUAAAGUUGAUGAGUUUGCAAAAUGUGAUGUUUUCCAGGCAGUGUGCUAUCCAGGAAGUGAUCUGUGUUUAUAUUUUAUUAUAGCUCAUUUGUGCUCAUUUUCAGCAUGUAAUGACAUAAUAAACUCAAAUUUCUC